UUCCCGGUAUUCCAUCUUGGAUUUCUUCUUUCCACUUUAUUACUUGCGAAGGUAAAGGACUUAUACAAUUUGCAGUUAUUGUUAAAUAUUAAAAGAUGCCUUCGGUAACAUUAAAGGACGUUGACCAACACAAAUUUGUGAAAGCUUUUGCAGCUUUCCUUAAAAAGACAGGCAAAAUGCGUGUCCCAGAAUGGGUUGAUAUUGUAAAAUCAGCUCGUUUCAAGGAACUUGCUCCUUAUGACCCAGAUUGGUAUUACAUCCGUUGUGCAGCAUUAGUUCGUCAUAUUUACAUUCGCAGUCCAAUUGGUGUUGGAGCAGUAACGAAGAUCUUUGGUGGUCGUAAACGUAAUGGAACACAUCCCAGUCAUUUCUGUCGGUCAGCUGGUGGUGUUGCUCGUAAAGCUCUCCAAAGUUUAGAACAAUUAAAACUUAUAGAGAAAGCUCCUCUUGGUGGACGCAGGCUUACAAGUCAAGGACGCAGAGAUUUAGAUCGUAUUGCUGCUCAGAUUAAAGCCAAGAGCAAAAAUCAAUUAAAACUUCAAGAAACUCUUGUUCUUUAAGCUUUUUCAAUAAAAUUUAAAAUACUUUA